AAAAUAUAUCUUCAUAGAGAUAUAUGUUUACGGGUUACUCUCUGAUAUAUAUAAAUGUAAUUCAAAUUUUUGCACGUUAAUAAUUUGUCUCAUUGUUUAAAUUGUAACUUUAAAUAAUGAAUCAAGUUUGCCGCCAGCAGAGAAGACAUUACGUUAGAAACGUCAUCGCUUUCAUUUUUAGCUUUUACGCAAAUUAUACUUUGCACUGCAAUUCUUAACUCACUCAAUUUCGCUGUUAGUAAAAGUUGGGCCGCCGGUUUGUGUGUUUCUUGAUUAAUUUUGGUCGGGUGUUUAUUUUCAAACAUUGCUAAUUAAUAACAUUGCGCUACGCAAUUAAAGCAUUAAAUUCAUUCAUAUUUUUGGCAUAAUUUUUUGCUUCGAAAAAAAAUUUUCGUGGUUACCACAAUUUUAAUAACCAAAUUCCAAUUCCUGAAAUUACACUGAACCAAUACAAGUCCAACAUGUCAUCUGUUUUCGAUGGUGUCAAAGGAGGGCCAGCAAUUGAAGUUUUCGCCUUAAACAGAGCCUUCAUUGAGGACAAAGACCCCAAUAAGGCUAAUUUGGGAGUAGGAGCAUAUCGUACGAAUGAAGGAAAACCAUGGGUGUUACCAGUUGUUCGUAAAGCCGAAAUACAAGUUGCCAGCAAUGAGGAGAUUAACCACGAAUACUUACCAGUUUUAGGUAACGAAGCAUUUAGGAAUGCUGCAACUGGUUUGCUAUUGGGUAAUGACUCAAUUGCAAUACAAGAAAAUCGGGCUUUUGGUGUGCAAACCUUAUCGGGCACGGGAGCGUUACGUCUUGGAGCCAAUUUGUUGUGUAAUUUAAUGGAUCGUGUUCAUUUCUAUUAUUCCAAUCCAACUUGGGAAAAUCAUCAUAAAGUGUUUACAGAUGCUGGUUUUAAACAUGCUAAUGUAUAUCGUUAUUGGGAUACUAAUCGACAUGUUAUUGAUUUUGAAGGACUUAUAGCAGAUUUGAAAGAUGCACCAGAACAUUCAGUUAUAAUUUUACAUGCUUGCGCUCAUAAUCCAACUGGCAUGGAUCCAACCCAAGAACAAUGGAAGGAAAUUGCUGAUGUAAUGGAGAGGAAAAAUUUAUUCCCAUUCUUCGAUUCAGCAUAUCAAGGAUUUGCUAGCGGAGAUCCUGAUCGUGAUGCAUGGGCUGUAAGAUAUUUCGUAGAGCGUGGCUUUGAACUUGUCUGCGCCCAAUCUUUUGCCAAAAAUUUUGGACUUUAUUGUGAACGUGUUGGUAACUUAACAGUUGUACAACGUAAUCCCAGCACAACUGCUAAUGUUCAAUCACAACUUACUUUAUUGGUACGCGGCGCAUAUUCUAAUCCACCAGCGUUUGGUAGCAGAAUCGUUGAAUUAGUACUUAACGAUGAAGAACUUAGAGCAGAAUGGAUGGAGUCAAUACAAACUAUGUCAAAUAGAAUCCGUGCAAUGCGUGAAGCUUUAGUUGGAAAUCUCAAACAACUAGGAACCCCUGGUAACUGGAAUCAUAUUAUUAAACAAAUUGGAAUGUUUUCAUAUACUGGAUUAAAUGAGGAACAAGUUGCCAAUCUUAUUAAAGAUCACCAUAUUUAUUUACUUAAAUCAGGACGUAUCAAUAUGUGUGGCAUAAAUGAAAAUAAUGUAGAAUACAUUGCAAAAGCCAUAUAUGAUGUUGUUACUAGAACAGAGAGUAAACUGUAAUAAAGUUAAAAAGGAUUAAUGAACUCCUGUAGAUUUAAACUGGCACAAAUAAUAGAGACAAAUAAAUGUAAUAUGGUUUUCAUAAAUGACUAAAAAUGCACACAUACUAAGCCAAACAUACUAAUGAAAUAAUGCAAACUUCGAAAACUAAUUAGGGAAUCUAAUAGUAUUAUAUAUUGAUGCAUUAAAUCCCUAUGGUACAAGAGAAUAAAAAACAAUAACUAUAAUGAACAAUAUCAGAAAUCGACCCACUGAAAUUAUUUUUGCAUAUAAAACAAUUUUACCAAUAUUUGUAAUAGAAUUUACUUCAACUUUUACAAUAUGUUUUAUUAAUUAUUAAAAUUAUUAUAGUGCGUAUAUAUUUAUUAGUAAGUUUAAAAUGCAAAUUUUAACACAAAGUUUACUU